GCAGCUUUUUGUUUCCUUUUCCGGUGGUUUCGGCAGCGGUGGGAGCGUGGAUGUGAUCAAGCCUCACAGAAUCAUCUAAAAUGAGCGUCCCGGCGUUUAUAGACAUUACGGAAGAGGAUCAGGCGUCCGAACUCAGAGCCUACAUUAAAGCAAAAGGAGCUGAAAUUUCAGAGGAGAACUCUGAAGCUGGGCUUCAUGUUGAUCUGGCCCAGAUCAUCGAGGCGUGUGAUGUCUGCCUCAAAGAUGAUGACAAAGAUGUUGAAAGUGUGAUGAACAGUAUUGUGUCGCUGUUGUUGAUCCUGGAGACAGAGAAGCAGGAGGCUCUCAUCGAGUCUCUAUGUGAGAAACUGGUGAAGUCUCGUGAAGGAGAAAGACCCUCCCUCAGGAUGCAGAUGCUGAGUAACCUGUUUCAUGGCAUGGAUGAGAACACCCCAGUGAGGUACACUGUCUUCUGCGGUCUCAUCAAGGUGGCAGCAACUUGUAAUGCUAUUGCUUUCAUCCCCACAGAACUGGAUCAGGUGCGCAAGUGGAUUAUUGACUGGAACCUGAACACAGAGAAGAAGCACACACUCUUGAGGCUGGUCUAUGAAGCAUUGGUUGACUGUAAAAAAAGUGAGGCUGCAGCAAAAGUGAUGGUUGAGCUGCUGGGAAGUUACACAGAGGACAAUGCUUCACAAGCGCGUGUUGAUGCCCACAGAUGUAUCGUCCGUGCUCUGAAAGACCCGAACACCUUCCUGUUUGAUCACCUAUUGGCCCUGAAACCUGUUCGCUUCCUGGAGGGAGAACUCAUCCAUGAUCUAUUAACCAUCUUUGUGAGUGCAAAACUUGCAGCGUAUGUCAAGUUUUACCAGAACAACAAAGACUUCAUUGAUUCCCUUGGCCUGUCCCACGACCAAAACAUGGCCAAGAUGCGCUUGCUGACAUUCAUGGGUAUGGCGGUGGAAUUCAAAGAGAUCUCCUUUGAUACCAUGGAACAGGAGCUGCAGAUCGGCACUGAUGAUGUAGAGGCCUUCGUCAUCGAUGCUGUUAGGACCAAGAUGGUGUACUGCAAAAUUGAUCAGACGCAGAGAAAAGUUGUUGUGAGCCACAGCACACACCGCACCUUUGGCAAGCAACAAUGGCAGCAGCUGUACGACAGCCUCAGCUCCUGGAAGGCCAACCUAGCAACCGUGAAGACCAGCCUGCAAACCCUGUCCCCCUCUGCCUAACUGUCCCUCCGCAAACUGCCCACGUUACAGUCACUCUGUCCUCUUCCCACAUUGCAGAUUUUUUUUUCAGGCUGAAUUGAUCACCAUUUUUAUAUUUACCUCAAUAAAAACGGCAAUGGCGCGCUCCA